GAAACGCGAAGACCGUAAGGAACGACAACAGCUCCCGUUUCGGCAAGUUUAUGCAGGUGUGCUUCGACAGCAAGUGGAUGAUCAAGGGCUGCAUCAUCCAAGACUACCUGCUCGAGCAGAGCCGUAUAACUUUUCAAAGUACCGGGGAGAGGAAUUACCAUGUGUUCUAUCAGCUGGUGGAGGCUGGAACCAGAGACAAGGAAUUCGCGGAACAAUACAAACUGAUGCCAGCAAGUCACUACAAGUAUUUGAAUCAGUCUGGUUGCGUGAAGAUCGAUGGUAUCUCCGACAGCAAGAAACUCGAUGCUCUUAGGCUUGCGUUUAACGUGCUGCAGGUCGCACCGGAAAUGUGCGAGGGUAUUUUCAGAGUCCUGUCUGCCAUACUCUGGCUUGGGAAUCUGAGCUUCGAGGACGUGGACGGUGAAAGAUGCGAGCUAACUAAAGAGGACCUUGACAUCGUCGGCACGGUCGCUCCUUUGCUCGGGCUGCAGGUCGAGGAUCUCACGAAAGUGGUGCUUAUACGGCAGAUCAACGUACGCGGCAACAUCACCGAGAUACCGUUGAAGGUUCAAGAAGCCCGUGAAAACAGGCACGCGAUGGCCAAGGCAUUGUACUCGAGGACGUUCGUCUGGCUGAUCAAUCACAUAAACAACUGCACGAACCCCGGCCAGGACAGCUCGAGGUUCCUCGGCGUUUUGGAUAUAUUCGGCUUCGAGAACUUCGCCGUCAACAGUUUCGAGCAACUGUGUAUCAACUACACGAACGAGAAGCUGCACAAGUUUUUCAAUCACUACGUGUUCGCGUUAGAACAGGAACUAUAUCGACAGGAAGAGAUCCAAUACUCGCAUAUCACCUUCACGGACAACACCAUGUGCCUGGAAUUAAUCGAGAAACCUCCACGAUGUGUUCUUAAAUUACUGACCGAGCAGUGCCAUAUGCCGAAAGGCUCGGACCUAGCCUACCUGACCAACUUGCACGCAGAAUUCGAGAAUCAUCCCUGCUACGUGAAAGGUGACGAUCGACGAAAAUGGGAGAAAGAGUUCGGCGUGAAGCACUACGCGGGCUGCGUUACCUACGCGGUCGAAGGGUUCGUCGACAAGAACCGCGACGUACAACAAGACGUGUUCUUCGACUUCAUGUCCAGGAGCACGAACGAAUUUGUCCAAGAGAUUACAGUCUAUCAAGAUCUUUUGGGGUGCACGGUGGCUCGUGCGAGCGGGAACGCGACCACCAUGUCACGCGGUACCUCGAAGGGCAAGCCGACGCUCUGCGACUCCUUCAGGCAUCAGUUGCAAGCUCUAGUUGACGUUCUUCAAGCUACGACACCCUGGUACGCUAGAUGCAUCAAGCCGAAUAUGCAAAAAGCGGCGAAUAACUAUGACGAGAAGCUGGUUCUAGACCAGCUGAAGUAUUUAGGCAUGUUAGAUAUUAUUAGAAUCCGAAAGGAGGGUUUUCCUAUACACAUGCCCUUCCUCGACUUUAUAGCGAGAUAUCGUUGCCUGGAUAAAGGACGUUUGUCCCGUUCGUAUAACGAAAAAGAGGCUGUUAGAUGCUUGAUCAGCAGUCAGGGUAUACCCGAGACUGAGUGGCAAAUUGGCAAGACCAAAGUGUUUCUAAGAAGCUACGUGCACGAACCGUUGGAGGAUUGUAGAAAUCAAAUGGUUACCAGUAACGCCAUAACGAUACAGAAAAUAUGGAGGGGAUACGUGGUUCGACGAGAAUACAAACGCGUGAGAGACGCUGCAUUGAAAGUGCAGCAUGCCUACCGGGGCUGGAAGCUGAGAAUAAUGUUCAUCAGGAAACGAAGAGCAGCUAUCGUGAUACAGAGUCAUUUGCGUGGCGUGUUCGCAAGGGAGGUCGCUGCUGCCUUGAGAGAAAUGAGACGAGUAGACGAGGAGAUGAGGAAGAGGGAGAGACUGGAAGAGGAGAGAAGAUUGAUGGAGGAUAAGAAGGCUCUGGAAGAAAGUCAAAGAAAAGCGCAAGAAGAAAUCGCUGCGUUGUCGCAAAUGGCCGAGCAAAUGAAUUCUAAGAUGGCCGCCUCAGAUCUGCAGUCUGUAGACUUGGACAAUCUAUUCUCAUUCUUGUCCGACGUACAAUCAACGAAAGGCAAUCAGAUAAUCGAAGAAAUCGGCGAGCAAAUGGAUGCAUUGGUAGAGGACCUCGACGUGGAGUUGGAGACUGUAAUCCAACAGGAAAUGGAGUUAAAUUCAAAGAUGGAAUCUAAAGCAAAUACUCCAAACGGUCAGGAGGCUCCAUCACCGUUGCAACAGUCAGCGCAACAGCAACAACGGAUACCGUGUCCAAAUACCGGUAAACUUGGCCAGCCGAGUCUUCCGGAGCCUACUGAACCUCCUCCACCUCCACCACCUCCUGCCGCCGCUUUAACAAUGAACGGAGACUCCUCUACUGACAAUGGAGAGCCAAUCUACGAGUCCGUCUUACCACGUGAGGAGAACAGUCCCAGCAGUCCAAUUUUGGUUAAUGGAAAUUCUGGGUCGUUAGUUAAUGGCGAAUCCUGUGGCUCGCCUCCGCCAGUGCCAAACAACAAGGUCAUCAAAGAACCGGUCGCCGGUAGUCCUCCAUCCAGGCCGGAAUCUAGAAACUCAAACAGUCAUCAUUUGCUGCACCAUAAUCACCAUCAACCUGUGCCACCGCAGCAACAGAACGGUCACGAUCAGCAGCAACAGCAGUCGCAGCAACUUCAACAGCCACCUGUCGAGAGAGAACAGAGACGCAAGUGCAGAGUGGAGCGUAAACUUCAAGAACUGGAGGACAAGAAGGAGCCGGAUAACGAGGUUACUUAUCACGACAUCGUGGAAUUCGCGCAGAAUUAUUUCAACAGCCACGAAAGAUCCCCAGAGGGUACGAUCAUGGCAACGCUUACUAGAAAAUCACGCGGCAAGAGCGUAGAGUAUAUCCCAAAGUACGAGAUGGUCACUUACUACAAAGGUUCUACCAUACCGAAUUCUCACAUUCACAUGUACGACCCGGAUAACGUUAAUGUGGCUUGUUCGGUUUUCAGGGAUCUAUGCAAGUACAUAAGAGGAGAGAUGAAACUGGACCAGGAAAUUGCAACUAUCCAAAGUAUAAUAGGCUACGGCAUCGAGCGUGAAGAACUGCGAGACGAGAUUUUCGUUCAGUGUAUGAGACAGGCAACCAACAAUCCCAAUCCAGAAUGGUCUGAGAGAGUGUGGUUACUGCUCUGUCUGGCUAUCGUCGCUUUCCAACCUAGCAAGCUGCUGUACAAGUAUUUCGUGUCCUUCUUGCGAAAGAAUUUGGCCCUGGAGGGCAAGCUGCGGCAGUAUGUUCAAUGGUGCGUGGACAAUUGCAAGAACAUGAAAGUUUCCUGCAGGCAGCAUCCACCGUCGACGGUGGAGAUCGCAGCAAUGAGGCGAUUGGGCACGAUAGUUUGCCGAUUCUUCUUUCUGGACGGCAGAACGAAAGCGAUCGACGUACACCCGACUGACACCGCUUCCGACGCUGUUGCUAAAUUAGGUGAAAAAUUGGGUCUCAGGUCUCUGGAAGGUUGGGCAAUUUACCAAAGCAGGCCGGACGGCGAGGAGCACGUACGAGCGCACGAUUACCUCUACGACGUUAUAGCCGCUUGGGAGAUGAAACAGUGCAAGUUGAACACAGCUCAGUCGACCUUCUCGACCCUUCGUCGUGGGAACAACGCUACGUUAGGAAGCGGCGACAAUCGGUUCGUUUUCAAGCGGAGACUCUUCCGGAAUACUCGUGAGAUAUCGCAAGAUCCCGUCGAGGUGAACAUGCUGUACGCUCAAGCUGUGUACAACGUUGUGAAGUGCGACGAUUUCCCAGUGUCGGAGAAGGUCGCGCUCCAGUUGGCAGGCUUGCAGGCGCAAGUCGCCCUCGGCGAUCCGAAGGACAACGACCGGCUGGAUUACUACAGCGAGGUGGAUAGUUUCUUGCCUUAUCGGAUCAGCCGAGCCCGAGGCGAUGACGUUUGGGUGCCAAUAAUAGCGCAGGCACACAGACAGUACGGCGCUGGUCGCAAGGAAUUGGCAGCCAAGGUGCUCUAUCUGUCCUGUGUGAUGCAAUAUCCCCUCUACGGCACGACCAUGUUCAACGUGACUUAUCGGGGCUAUUGGUCGUACGGCAACCAGCUUAUCUUGGGCAUCAACUGCGAUGGACUGAUGUUGAUCAAACCGGACGAUAAGUUCGUCUUGUCGGAGUAUCGUUAUCAGGAUGUGGAGAGUAUCAUGCUAGACCCGAGCGACUCUUUCAUAACGCUGUCUCUUCUCCGUCACAACCCCGACAGUUCGCACAAGUGUUUCGUUUUCGAAACGCCGCAAAAGAACGAGAUAGGCAGCCUGAUCGUCAGUUACUGCCCGGCACUGGCAGGCUGGAUCACGGAGAACGAGGUUCCUACCAAGAAACUCAAAUGCAUCACCAACGAGGAUCGUAUUAGACUCUAUCACAACUUGGUCAAUUGCCGGCGGACACUGGUCGACGCGGAGAUAUUGAGAAAACCACAGGAUUCCGGUGGCGGUUUCCUGAGAAACACGUUGCGGAGGUUGUCCAAGCACAGAAUAGAGAAGCUCAGGCAGGAACACGGUAGCGCGACUGAUCACGGUGAAACCUACAAAGGAUUCCCCUACGCAUAUUGGGCGUUCAGCAGGCAAGCCAUACCUCAGAGUCUCUCGAAGCUGCCUGAUCCAGACGAGCAAAUAUCGCUCAGCGUGUUUCAGUUAAUUUUAACCUACGCUGGUCUAGGGCAGAACGGAGACACGGUUCGUAGAGUGGAGGACGAACACGUGAACCUGAUACAGACGGUGAUGGAACGUUGCAUAAGGAAAGAGAAUCUACUAGGUGAACUGUAUCUACAGUUGAUCAAGCAAACGACGGAUCAUCCUGAUCCCAACAGUCGGGUGAAUCUCAGGCACUGGGCGUUACUCUCUUUGGCCUGUUCAGUUAUCCUACCUCCGCAGAAGGUGAUACGAAAGUAUCUGAUCGCGCAUUUGAAACGAUGCGCCAGCGAUUACGUCACCGAGGAGGGGAAAUACGCCCGGUUUGCUGAAAAGUGCCUUUACAAGACCCAGGGCACAAGGAGGAGGCAAUGGCCGCCAAGCAGGGAGGAGAUAAUGUGCACGAUCAACCGUAGGCCAAUUUACGCGAGAUUCCACUUCAUGGACGGGCAGUAUCACGCCGUCGAGUUCCAUCCUUCGGCAACAGCCAGGGACGUUAUGGAGAUCAUCAAGACUAAAAUUGGCCUGGAGGAAACUGCCAUGGGUUAUGCGAUUUACGAGGUCCUAGGGCCAACCGAAAGGGCGCUGAUACCAGAGGAGAAGAUCGCCGAUGUAAUGUCGAAAUGGGAGCGUUACAGGACGGCGAACGCGCAGCAGAAUCAAUCACAGAGGAAGCACGCGCAUCACUUCUUCUUAUUUAAGAAACACUUGUUCCUUGACCAGUACAUGAAUCUCGACGACCCCGUGGAGAAAGAGCUACUGUAUCAUCAAGUGCUGCAUGAUCUGCGUGCUGAUCGAUUUCCUAUCACUGAGAAAGAAGCUAUGAUGUUAACAGCGUUGCAAGCGCAAUUAGAACUCGGCGAUUGUGAGGACGCUAUGUCGGAUCACGAUUACCGGACUAUAUCGAGUCACUGCCUGCCAACAAGACUGGUCCCAAGCUUAUGCAUAGAGGGUGUGCUUCAACACCAUCAGUCAUUACGAGGGAUGACACCGCCGGAGGCGAAGAAGGCGUUCCUCAACUUAAUUCAGUCGUGGCCACUUCACAGGGCCACGAUAUUCGACGUCAUGCAAUCAUUCACAUCAAACUGGCCACGCGUUUUGUGGCUGGCCGUCGAUCAACAAGGUCUUCAUCUUUUGGAGCAUCGUUCCAGAAACACUCUCUGUACCUACGAAUAUAGCAGUAUUCUCAGUUAUAGUCCAGCUGUUAGUUGCUUGAUGAUUAUCACUGGUACUGAUAAGAAGCAGAGUAAAGUUAUCCUUACGACGUCUCAGGCGCAUCAAAUUGCGAAUUUAAUUCGCGAAUAUAUGGACGUUCUUCAAUCACCGCCGGAGGUACCGAAAAGAGAAUCGGCAAUUGCUCAACAGAUAGCACAGCAAUCGAUUCAACAACCACCGACAAAUCUUGCGGCUACCGCCGGUGGUCGUAAGUCACGACCUGCUUCUGUAUUACACAGAGGUGCUCCAGUGAUACAAUCGCAAGCUAGUUAAAAAGUUAGGUAACUUAUUAGAUGCCGAUGCUCUCCUCAACCUUAUACGUUACCUCGUUACCUCACACACACACACACACACACA